GCACCGUGGCUUUGAUGGAAACUAAGGACAGAUAACUCUCGAGUUUGCCGACGCUACACCUCAGCACAAAAAUGGCGAAGGUGACGCCAAUAUUAUACUUAUUUGCGGUUGCUGUUUUGGGCCAAGCCCUUACUCCAUCAACAUUCCUUACAACGAUAGAUCAGGAUAGACUGAAGAAAGUGUUCAAAUCCACCACGCCCUACACAGACCUACCCACAGUUCACUACUCAAUUUUAGGACUGAAAUUGCUGGGUGAUACAAGCAUCAAUAAUCAGGAAAUAUGUAGCACUAUAUCAAAAUUAGUCGAUAAUAAAAGUGUCGCCUCCCUGUAUCACGCAUCAGCUGUAGCCAAAGGGAUAGGCAACUGCAAGUUUCCUGUUGGAGAUGCCCAGAAAGUUCUGAGUGAAGCCAUCAAGGAUUCCGUGCCUGUGGCUGAUAUUUUCUACGCAUUCUCUGCCUUAAAAAACCUAGGUUUACAAGUUGAUAAUGCCAAAGUUACUUCAUCAUUAACGGAGGCUCUGAAAAAGGAUGAUUCACCCCAGAGUGCUGGGUAUGGAUUCUUUGUCGCCUCUCAGUUAACUGGUGACACAAAGAAAAUAUUUGAUAGUAUUGAAGACAUUGUUGCACAGGCUGAUGAAGUAGAUGAUAAAUAUUUACAAUUUGAGGGAGGUCUGUACACCACAGCUUUAGUUAUAGACGGAGCAUACAGACUGGCAGCCAAAGAGAAGAAAGCUCCCACCAUGUCAGGUGACAAAGUUGUGAAGUUUGCUAACUAUUUCCUGAGUAGAAAACAUGUUCAUCAGCUAAGAGCAGCAUACCAGCUUGUGUCUGUCAUCAAAACUCUCACUGAUAACCAGUUCCACAUUCCUGUAGCUAUCACUCUUGCAAGUCCUGUUGCAGUAACCACUUCAUCUCCAAAUGUACAGGUUAAAGUGACCAAUCUGUUGGGAGGGAGCAUUGGUGCUCUCACGGUGACCGCAGACAGUGCCAAACAUAUUGGCAGUGAAGCCAUCGUACUGAGCAAAAAACAACUGGCAGCUAAAGACAGCUCAACAUAUGAACUGAACUUUAUGCAGGCUAAACCUGUCCGUGGGUUUUACAAGCUUAUUAUUAGUGCUAAACCCAGCAAAGAAGAUAAGAAAUUGUUAGGCCUGACAGGGGCUGAGGUUGAAGUGAAGGUGACUACACAAGUUUCCAUUGAGAAUGUAGAGAUAGGUGUAGCAGACAAAGACCAAACUACAGCAGCAAGAACCACAAAACUACAGUUUCCAAAUAAGGCAGCAAAUGUAUUUGAAGCAGACUACCAUCAGAAGAUCAUUCUCAGAUUCCAACUGAAGGACAAGUCUGAUGGAAGCCAAUUGUCUGCACAUCAGACCUUCCUGAAACUUACCAACCAGAAAACAAACCAGGAAAUCAUUUUUGUUGCAGAUGCUUCAAGCAACAAGUUUGACUUGGACAUUGGUAGCAGUUCUAGUCAGUUUGGGUACCUCUCUGGAAAGUACAGCAUGGAGCUGAUAAUUGGAGAUGCUGUGAUUGAAAAUCCUUUCUCAUGGACCAUUGGUGAUGUUUCACUGAACUUCCCAGAAGGCCAGGCAUCAAAAGGCAAGGGAUCUGACCGCUAUUCCAAGAGACCAGAAAUCAAGCACAUGUUCCGUGAGCCAGAAAAGCGUCCCCCUGCAGUAGUGUCCACCGUCUUCACAGUCCUGGUUCUGUCCCCUGUCCUCAUUCUUGUUCUGUUGUGGAUGAAGAUUGGCGUAAAUGUUUCCAAUUUUCCAAUGUCCGUCAGUGCUCUUGGAUUCCAUCUCUGUCUCGCAGGUGUAUUUGGACUCUAUUACUGUUACUGGGUCCAGCUGAACAUGUUCCAGACAGCUCGCUAUCUUGGCUUACUAGCACUGCCAACAUUCAUCUUUGGAAAUAGAUUAUUAAGUGGAAUAGCUUCUAAAAGAAAAGGGGAGAAGAAAGUUUGAAGCAAACAUUAAUUAUUAGCAGUUGAUAAAUUACAAAUUAAAGUUAUUGUUAUGUAUGUAUGUGUUUAAUACUUAUUCUGAGAAGUUAUUUAAGUUAUUUUUUUCUUAGUUUAAAAGUGAGUCUGAGAGAAACUUUCAAAACAAUUUUUUUGUUAUUCCAUACUGAAAGGAGAAUGUCUGGUUUGUAAACUAUUUUUUGAAAAUUCUUUGUUUUUUUAAUUUUUUGUUUAAAUCAAAAGACUUUUCCUUCAAACUUAAAUUCACACAUCGAUAUGUAUUCAGUUUACAUCUAAUGUGUAUUGUAGUUGCUAUUGUGAUGUUAGUGAUCUAAGAGAGGUACAUUUCUUCAUGAGCUGUCAUUCAUAUCUUUCAUGGAAAUAAAUUUUAUGUAAAAUA